AUGGUAUUCCCGCAACAUAAAAAAUUAUCAUAUUUAUUAAAUGAUGAAGAAAAAGCAGAAAUCGAUUCAAUUUGUUCAUUUGAUUCAAAACAUUUAAUCUCAUGUGAUGACCAUCAAUAUAUUGCUGUAAGUUCAGAUGGUACUCAAAUAGUAACAUUAAACGCAGAAACUUAUCAAUUAAAAUUAUGCAAAUUUGAUAAGAUAACACAAUUACGUGAAAUAAAUUGUGCAGGAUUUAAAAAUAUUGAUAUGCCUUUGGAAAAAAUAAAAUGGAGUUUAUCAAUAUCCAACGAAUUUACUUUGGCUGAUGGGACUAUCGAUGUUCUAAUUGCUGUCUCUCAUUUUAAAUCUGAAAUAAAUUAUAAAAGUCAUUUUGAUGAUGAAGAAAUUGAUGAUAUCAAUAAUUAUAGUGAUGAUAUGAUUUAUACUGAAAAAAGUUUGGCGUCUACAUGGAUUAUUUCUGUGGCACAACAGUCAAGAAUAUUUUCUAGUAUCAAUAAUCUCGGCGGUAUCGUUAAAUUCUUGGAUAAUAAAGGUGAUGAUUCAACUGAAAUAGUUCUUAUUAAUAUGGAUGGAAUCAUUAAAUAUUUAAUAAAACAUGAAAAAAUUAGAGGAAUGAUUAAUAAAAAACAUAAUGAUAUGUUUAAUUUCUUUCGCUCUAAUGAAUCAAUUGAAUAUUUUAAUUUUCCAACAAAAUUUUUAAACCAAUUGAAAAAGUCUUCGAUGAAUGAAACUUGGUUUUUCGUUCAACGAAGGUUAGUGAAAGGACGGCUCGUUGUAGAAGAUUAUAAAGAUAAAAUACAAACUGUUGAAAUGUAUAAUUUAAAAACAAAUUUAUUAGAAAAUACUUUUCAAAAAUUUGAAAAAUAUGUUAUGGGAAAUGGUCCUUCCUGUUUUGCUAUUUCAAAUAAUGAAACACUUUUUGCUUAUUGUCAUGGUGCAAAUUGUAUUACUAUUUAUUUAAUGGAAAAUGGUUUAAAAGUUACUACAAGGAAAUUUAAUGAUAAAAAUAUUCAAAUACUUUUUUUUGAUUUUAUACAAGAAGAUAGUAAAUUAUUAAUUGUUAUUGAGAAAGGAAGAUAUAAUAAUGAUACUGAAGAAAUUGAUAUUAUACCUAUAAUUGUGAUCUGGGAUUUAUUUGAUUGUUCUGAUAAUUGUGUUAAAAGAAUAAAUGAUAGUUAUUCACUCUUUCCCACAAAAUAUGAAUAUCCUCAAAGAUUAAUAAAUUCUUCUGGAAACCUUAUUAUUAUAACAGAAGGUGGAACUAUUAUUUCAAUAUUAGAAGAAUCAGAAAUUAUUAAAUUAUUAAGCUCUGAAAAUAAUAAUAUGAGAAAUAUUAUUAUACUUGAUAAUUCUCAUUAUAUUAAUGAUACUUUUUUGUCAUCAUCGUCCUCGCCUAUAACAGAUUAUCAUUUAAUUUAUAAUUCUUUUGGAGAACGUUUAUGCUUUAAACCUGAAAAUAAUAAAGAAAUUAUUAUUAAAAAUCCUGAACCAUGGUUACAAAACAAAAGAUACAAACGUAUUUCAGUAUAUCUUGAUGAUAAUAAAUCUAUUCAAUUAAUUAUUGGAGAAUUAACUGUUCAAGUAUGGCGUAAAAGAAAAAGUGGUUCAAAAGUUCUUGAAUACAUUUGGGCAAAUAAGCACACAGAAAAACAUAAGCAAUUUCAAAUUCAUCUUUUAAAAGUCGGACUUAAUGGAUUCUAUUUAAAAUUACAUAUACCUUCUGGAAAUUCACCUCAACUUGGAAAUGAAAUUGAGUUUGAAUGGCCUGAAAAAGUUAAUACUCCAGUAGAUGCAUGUCAAACAUUAGAAUUCCUUGAAAAAACAAGGCGUGAAUCUAAUAAUUUAAAGGAAAAACUUCAUAUUGAAAAUUUAAUUCAAAAAACCGAGAUUAUUAUCAAAAAAUUUUUUGUUAAGAAAUGUGGACUGUGGAGAAUGUUAGAUAUACGUUUUGAUAUUAUGGCAAAUCUCAUUCGUGGUAAUCGUGUUUCUAUCAUCAGAAAAAUUUUAUCUUCUAAAUCCGGUGAUGGAAAAAGUAAAUAUCUACAUAUUCCAAGAUGUUAUUCUUGGAGCAAACAAAUUAAAGAAACCGAUCUUGAGAUUGCUAUUAAAUGCACAAAUAGAAGACAUCGUAAAUAUACAAUUAUAAUUAAGUAUUUAUUAGACUAUUAUUCAGAUAAUGCAAUAAAGACUUCAAAUUGGAUGUUUACCGUUGUUAAAGCAAUUCCAUUACUCUAUGAUAAUCAAUUAGCAUUUUAUGUUAAAGAAUUAUUUCAAAAACCUUGUUUUGGUUCUAAUGAAGUUUGCUUGAAACGAAUCAACAUUUCCAGUAAGGUUAUGAAAGAUAUUAUCAAAAACAAUAAGAAAAAUAUACAUGCGAUAAAAGUGGAUACUUCACUUCCCAAGAAAAAUAAUGGGGAUGGUUUUAUACGAAAAUUAUUUUCUCGAAAACAAAGUGAGAAAAUGACAACUUCGAACGUAAUAGGGACAAAAUCAUCUUCUACUCCUAAUCAAGUUUACGUCGUUCCUCUCCCAGAUUUCACUUUGUAUCCCGAAGGAAUUGAUGAUAAAAGAAAAGAAUGUUGGAUGAUUUUUCUUAAAUUCCUAAAGUUGCUGAUUUGGCCACGUGGGCAUGUAAUUAGAAAAGAAGAAAAAAUGAGUCCAUUCUUACGAAUGAUUAGAAAUGAAAAUAGUGCAGAAAUUUAUGAUAAUCCAUCAAUAGCCGCAAUAAUAGAUUUUAAGUGGAAUUUGGCGAGAAGUUUUUUCUUUAGAAAAAUAUUAUUAUACUUCAUAUUUACAAUGUGUUAUGUCUUAAUGGUGUAUAGUUUUGAAGGUUAUAGAAUUGCUCCUUUAACUGAAAAUGAUGAAAAUGUUGCUAUUCUGGUUUCGAUAGUUAUAUAUUAUUCUGCAAUAUUGAUUGGAUUUUUUUGGACUGGAGGUUAUUUAUUAAAUACUGAAAGAAUUCGGCUAAAAUAUGAUGGAUGGAAAAGAUAUUUUAAUUUUUAUAAUUUUUUUGAUUCGGUUUCAAUACUUCUGCCAAUGAUAUGUUAUUUUACUGGAUUUGUAAGAUAUAAAGCUGAUUAUAUGACACCAUUUACAAUUUUGGUAAUUUCAUUUGAGCAUUUAUUGUUAUUACGAUAUUUUGAAAAAACUGGGGCUUACAUUUAUAUCAUUGACAACAUUUUGAAACAAAUAAUACCAUUCUUACUUUUUAUUCUUUUGUUUGUUUUCGGGAUUGGUUUUUCAAUGUUUGCUUUACUUAAGGAUAAUCAUAUUAAACCCGAAGGUACUACAUAUCAAUUCGAUGUAAAUGGAAAAGACACUAUUGAAAUGAAACAAAGGAUAGAUGUAGAUAAUUAUUAUGCAAAUUUACUUAAAUCUAUCGAAGCAGUUUUCUUUUGGACAAAUGGUCGUUGGGAUCAAUUAGAUCAAUGGAAUAUCUGGGAAGUAGAUGUUAUUUCUAUCAUUGGUAGUAUUCUUCUUGUUACAAUUUUACAGAAUAUGUUAAUCGCAAUUAUGACUUCGGCAUUUGAUGAUGCAAAAGAAAUUAGUAGACAUGCCGUAUUAAAAUUUCGGGCAGAAAUGAUUGCAGAUUAUGAAACAAUUGAAAAAUUAUCUGGAAAUGAAGAUGGAAAUCCUCGAUAUAUAUAUUUUACUGCAAAUUCUAAUUAUAUUGAAAGAUGUGGUGGUAAUAUUGUUGAUAGUGAUGGAGAUCUGACCAAUUCUCUUCAAAUUCCUUCUUCUAAUACUUUUAAUACUUUACAAAGUGAAGAACAAGAUAAAAUUGAUCAAUUAAUUUAUUUAUUACAAAAUCAAAAUAAUUGUUGUUCAAAUAAUGUUUAG